AUGCACCCGGUAACUUUUGUGUCAUUUUGCAGUGCAGAAACAAGCCCCGAUGUCUUGCCUCGAGGGAAUGCGCAGUGCAUUUUUGCAUCUCUUCUCCUCUGCUUGCAAGUCUAUGCUGCUGUUCAAGCCUUUAUUCACAAAAGUUCCAAUCUGGAACCAAAACACUUGGGGAACUUCUCCCCGUGGAGGUGUUGCAGGGUCCCUCGAGACUCAGCACAGCCUAACAGAAAGGGGAAAAGAAAAAUGCCAAGUUUUCAUUGCCAUGACCGUUGCGAUCCCUCUGUGCAAAUUUCGGCACGAUUUGGAAGCCUGUGUUGCUUUGCAACUCUUGCUGUGUGCUGCAAGCAGGCAGGUGAAGGGGUUAGGGAAGAUGCAGAAAUGGGCGGUGAUGGUGAGGAUGGCAACAAGGCACCAUCGGAUCCACCAGCCAGUCCAAGGACAGAGAUCAUAAUGGACACCCCACAGCCGGCAGAGGGGCCGAGGAUGACCACACGCUACAUGACCAAAUAUGAGAGGGCACGAGUGCUUGGAACACGAGCGUUGCAGAUCAGCAUGAAUGCCCCAGUGCUGGUGGAACUCGAUGGAGAAACAGAUCCGCUUGAGAUUGCCUUGAAGGAACUUAAGGCUAAAAAGAUGCCCUUCACCAUUCGCAGAUACCUGCCCAAUGGAAGCUAUGAAGAUUGGGGCGUCGAUGAAUUGAUCGUGACAGAAAGAUGA